GGGGAUUGAGGGAGGGGGGAUUUAAUCGGAUUAUGGCGCUACAUUUUAGAAAACGCCUACUCCACCGGAGCCUGUACAUCACUCUUACUAACCUACUUGCCAGAUAGCUUGUCCAUGAAACGUCCCACCUAGCAUGAGUAGGCGCUUCGAGUUUGUCCUUGAAGAUGACAUCCAAGGAGAGGAGCAAUGUUUGGGAGAAACUUUCUAUCUAUUGCGCCUAAUUUGGAGUUUUGGAAAUAUUGUGUCGAUUUUUCGCUUGAAUAUUCACAUUUCUCUGGGAACGUUAAGGGAUUGUAACUCUGUUUCCGCUGAUGGAGCAAGAUGUGCCAACGACGUUUGGAAUAUCUGGGUUUUGUACACAGUGUAUAUUUAAUACAUGGAGCAACACUAAACAAUGACUUAUUUACAAAUGUCCAGGCUUCUGGAAAUACGACGCACUCACCGUGGUCCAAUAAAAGAACUAUAGCCUUGCUGUAGUAAGUUUCACAAAGUUUUGUUUUCCUUGGCAUUGAUUCGUCUGAAUUUAUAGGACCUUAAUGUUGGAGGAACUGUCAGAAUCUGGAAUUUGGAACCAAGACACAUUUGUAUUCCCUGUGGCUUUUCCCCAAGGGUUUAUAAAUGGUGCUGAUAACGGAGGACAGGGAUGGGGGGGGAUCUUCUCCGGCUAAAGGCAAACAAGUUCAGCAGGGUAGAAGUGGCAGCGGCGGCGGUAUCGCACAAGUUUAUCCCAUAGCAGACACGCAAGUCGUUUUAUCGGAAGAUGACCCUCUCGGUCCAUAUGAAUCCGAGGGUGAUUACAACGGGGACUUUGAGGAGUACGAUGAGUUCUCGGAACUACCUGAUACCAGAAGCAUCGCAUCAGACGACUCUUUCUACCCACUGGACGGUGACUUCGAGGACACUGAACAAACCCACAACGUUUGCUCUGAAAGUCUGGAACCUCUAACUUUGUUUCAGGCAUGCUGUACCAACAACGCUGUCAUGGUCAAACUCAUGAUAAGACAAGGGGUAAUAGAGGAGGAUGUCAAAGAGACUGACCAGAACAAUCGGUCGAGCCUGAUGGUGGCGUGUUACCAAGGCUACGUGGACGUGGUCAUCGCCCUCUCGCAGUGUCCGCACCUGGAUGUGAACUGGCAGGACAACGAGGGCAACACCGCCCUCAUCACGGCAUCGCAAGCAGGGCACAUCACCAUCACCAACUACCUGCUCAACUACUUCCCGGGACUGGACCUGGAGAAGAAGAACUGCCACGGCUUCACCGCGCUCAUGAAGGCGGCCAUGCAGGGACGCGUGGAGUGUGUGCGUGCCCUCAUGCUGGCAGGAGCUGACGUGAAGGUCCGUGACCACGGACGCCAGCUGACCCCACGGGAGUGGGCCAUCUUCACAGGGCGCUACGAGACGGCCUACGCCAUGUGGCGCCUGGCGAGCCGCCCGUGCCCCAAGCAGAUCUCCAGCUCCUACCAGCCUGAGUGGCCCCUGCUCUCCGUGCUCGUGGCCAAGGCCCAGGAGCCCAAGGGCUGCCUACGCCGCAUCUCCGAGUCCAUCCGCGGGGCAUUCUCACUGGCCAACAUCACCGACCCCGUGGAGGACGGCGCACUCGACCACAUGGUCCGCAUCACCACGGCGCUCAGCAGCCCCCUCAUCAGCACCGCCUGCCACACAGUGAGCCCGGAGAGCCCGCCGCGCGUGGGCAAGCGCCGUUACUCCGUGCCCGAGAUCCUGAAGAGGCAGCGGGCCGAGAAGCUGAAGGGCCUGGGGCCCGAGCGACUGGAGAACCAAAAGAAGCUCUUCCAGAACUCGCGGGUGGUUCUGCUCCCCAAGCCCAAGGACCGGCGCACCAGCCUGCAGCCGCUCCUGCGCGAUGCGCCGGUACUGUCCACGGCCGAGGCCCUGCGGCGGGGGAGCCUGAUGCAGCUGCACCUGGUGCGGCGGAGCAGCGUGCGGCCCGGCCUAGUGGUGCCCAAGGUGCGCGUGUCCAAGGCGCCGGCGUCUGCCAACGAGCCCGAGAAGCACCACAGGAGGAGGAGCAGCAGCAAGGAGACCAGUCAGUUCCUGCAGAUCCCCAAGUGGAGGUACAAGGAGGUGAAGGAUGAGAGGAAGAGGCAGGAGGAGGCGGAGAGGAAGAGGCAGGAGGCGGCGGCCUCACAGAGACAGUCUCCCGCCAGAAAGAAGAAGUGACGGCUCCAGGUUCUUUCCGGGUUCCAGUACUGUUUGGCUCAGGUUCCGCCCCAGAUGAGCCCUUUUUUUGAACGACAGAUUGUAUUUAAUACUUGAAAUGUUUGAUGAUAAUUUAUUUUUAUAUUUAUGUUUAUUUUUUUAAAUAGAAAAACACUGCACAGCUUCUUAUCCUGUUUCACUACAGGGUUUGACUCAGAAAUCCUGAAAAAUAGAGAGAGACGUAGAGAGUUGCCUUUGUGGGUGUGGGGGUACAUGGGUCAUUAACCCUGUUUGCUAAAGCCAGCUAGCGCAAACAGACUGCACAGCAUAAGGGGAGGGGAGGAAAGUAGGUGUAACACAAUACACUGUAAGAGUUGCAUAAUGCAAGUAUGCAUACUUGGCUUCUUACUUAGUAUGCUUCACUUAGACACGCUUUCGUGUUCUCAUUUUUGUAACCAUGACUACAUAAAUUCAUCUCAGCUUUAAAAGCAUUAUACGAAUGUACCAUUUUACAGUUAGAAUAUACCUCAUUAGGUUUUAUGUUAUGUCUUUGGUCUUUGUCUUGGGUUUGUCAGCAACUUGGACAACUUGUUUUGUCAGUUGGACAAUAUUAUGGUAGCAGAAUACAUGUAUGUGCAGUGCAUUCUGUGAGUGUGUGGCUAGUGGCGUGACAGGCUCCAUUUUGGCACUGCACACCAGCACACUGGUCUGAGAACAGAUGAAACCGUGACUGUGAAGAGUCAGUGUUCAUCCGAGACGAGGAAUUCAUGCAUACAGUACAUACAUGCAAGCAUCACAUACCAUACAUCACUACCCACAUACUAACGGAUGACACCGCAUGUGGUUUGUGAUAUUUGUGUUCAUCGAGAGAAGCAUCACAGCCUAAUCUGGAUAAAAACCGGACUAUCUAUACAGGACAUCUAUACAUGACAUCUAUAUGUGGAAAAUGUGGCAAUAGGCAAUAGGCAAUAAUUACAAGCAUUUUUGGUUCUGCCCAACUUAUAUCAACCAUAUCUCUGUGAAAGGAUAAGUGUUGUCAUGGACAGAGUGGCUUUUCAAAGACUUCCACUCAGAGGUGAAGCAUAGGAAAAGUUCUCCUCACUUUUCAAUGUGACAUUAAGAGACACGUAGUGUGACGAAUGUUGUUCUAAGUCUAUGCAUGACUGAAUCUUUUAUUGACAACAGAAUUGUUGAGCAAACUUAGUAUUGUAAUUGUAGGCCUGCUACACCAGACGCGUAUCUCACUCAGGAGUUCAAGAGUUUGCGUUCCUACGUGUCGUCACUGAAUCUAUCACGAUGACCUGGGAGUACGUUCUUUCCUCUCAUCCACCCACGGAGCAAUGAUGUCAUUCCACACACCGCUGUGCCUCUAGGCAGGGUUAUUCUUCAAAGCCCUACACACACACACACACACACACACACACACACACGGUCUAAGGUUCUGAGUUAAACUACAGUUAAGAAUGACACAGGUUAAAAGCACCCUUCCAACAGGCCAAUCAAAGUAGUCCUUGUUACAUGUUUACACUGUUUACACAGAAGUUACAAACCAAAAUGGGGACCAACAGUACCUGCGACUUGUUUCUAAAAAUAGUGAAAUAACAAUGUCACUAAUAAAACACUGUUUUGUAUCGUGA